CAGAGCCGAGAAAACCAGAUAAAGGAAAAACGCAGUCCUUCCUUCGUCGCUUCAAUUUCCAGAUUUGCCCUUCUUACACCCAAAAUUUUACAAUACUGCCAUUCCGUCCUUCCGAUCUCAAACCCUCAAAAAAAAAGAAAAAAACCAGUAUAAAUAACAGAAAUUUAGGGUUUUUUUCGUCCUCUCCCUUCUUCUUUUUCCUGAAAUUUCUUCAUUUUCUCGAAUUCUCUCCAAAUGCUAGGGUCCGGAUCUUUUCCCCUCUCUCGCAAUCACAAUGGUGAUCGCUUCUACAAUCCCCCGGCAAUCCGUCGACAGCUCCAGCAGCAGCAACAACAGCAGCAGCAGCAGCGGCAGUCGAAGGCGAAGGCGUCGGCGGUCUCAGAAUCCCGUGAGGCGGAGAAUCUCGCCGAGUCUGAUGAUCUCUCGUUGAAACCCAGCGUCUGCUCCCCGCCAAGGCCCCCUUCCGGUAAUCUGGAUCGGUUCCUUGAAUCGACGACUCCGAUUGUUCCUGCCCAGUAUUUUUCCAAGACAAGUAUGAGGGGAUGGAGAAAUUGCGAUGGGGAGUUCCAUCCGUAUUACAACCUUGGGGAUCUUUGGGAGUCGUUUAAAGAGUGGAGUGCAUAUGGGGCGGGAGUGCCGUUAGUGCUGAACGGGAGCGACUCAGUUGUUCAGUACUACGUGCCGUACUUGUCAGGUAUCCAGCUGUACGUUGACUCGUCGAAGCCUUCGUUGAGGUCAAGGCGGCCAGGUGAAGAAAGCGACGGUGAGUCAUGUAGAGACACAAGUAGUGAUGGGAGUGAUCUCGAAGUUGAUAGAUCCAAACAUCAUGGUGAGAUUUCUAGCGCUGCUCGAGGGCAUCCUGUAUUUGAGUACCUCGAACGGGAUCCUCCAUACAGUCGGGAGCCUUUAUCUGACAAGAUUUCAUUUCUCGCAUGCCACUUUCCCGAGCUGAAGACAUACAAGAGCUGUGACCUACUGUCCUCGAGCUGGAUUUCGGUGGCUUGGUACCCAAUAUAUCGGAUACCCACAGGCCCGACACUGCGGGAUUUGGAUGCUUGUUUUUUAACCUUCCACUCCCUAUCAACACCUUGUAGAGGUACAAGUAGCUGCCAGCUGCAGAUUCGUGGGCGCACAAUGGACAUGUCUGCAAAGCUGUCAUUACCUGUCUUUGGCCUUGCCUCGUACAAGUUCAGAGGGUCAAUUUGGACUCCAAAUGGAGUUUAUGAACGGCAACGAGCAAGUUCGCUGUUGCAAGUUGCGGACAACUGGCUUCAACUCCUACAGGUGGAUCACCCCGAUUUCCGGUUCUUUGUUUCACACAAUACAUACAGGGGUUGAAGGGCCGGAUGUUAUGAAGGGGUGCCCAAGUGGAGCCAUUGAUCUUGAACAAGUAUAUAUUGCUUUAGAAGCACAGAAAACCCACAACAGAACUCCCCCACCUAAGUUGCUCCGGUAUGCCCACUCUUCUUAAUUUAUGUAAAUUUGGAUUUACAUAUUAAUACAAGAGGUCCAUUUCCUCUACAAAGAAAGGAAUGUUUCUUCAUCUCAAAACGAAGAAAAGCUGUGGAAGAGAUUUGAAUUCUGCUUUCAAGAUGAUGGGACACAAGGCCCCCCAUUUUAUUUCUCCUUAACUUUGUUUCAUGGGAUGGCGACUGCUACGGUCAUCUUUUUUGUAAAGGGUGAGAGCAAUAGCAGGUAUGUACUGCCUCUUUGUUUA